GUGAGGUUUGGUUGACGCAUCACCGCUCAGCCAGGGUUUUUACUGCUGAGCAGCGACGGUUAUUUUUAUUUACAUGCACAGAAAAUCAUAAACGGGGCUUCUUGCGAACGAAUUGACCGAAAAACGCAGCCAAGCGCAGGUUGAACAUGGAGUCGUAUGAUAUUAUAGCCAACCAGCCGGUUGUGAUUGAUAAUGGGUCGGGAGUUAUCAAGGCAGGCUUUGCUGGAGAUCAGAUCCCCAAAUACUGUUUUCCAAAUUAUGUGGGUCGACCCAAGCAUGUUCGGGUGAUGGCUGGUGCACUGGAAGGCGAUCUGUUUAUUGGACCUAAAGCAGAGGAGCACCGGGGUCUGCUGUCUGUUCGGUACCCAAUGGAACAUGGGAUUGUGAAAGACUGGAACGACAUGGAGCGCAUCUGGCAGUACGUGUACUCGAAGGAGCAGCUGCAGACCUUCUCUGAGGAGCAUCCUGUACUGUUGACGGAAGCCCCGCUGAACCCCAGUAAAAACCGUGAGCGAGCAGCAGAGGUGUUCUUCGAGACCUUCAACGUGCCUGCGCUCUUCAUCUCCAUGCAGGCGGUUCUCAGUUUAUACGCCACAGGCCGAACCACAGGUGUGGUGCUGGACGCUGGUGACGGUGUGACUCACGCCGUGCCCAUAUACGAGGGAUUCGCCAUUCCUCACUCCAUUAUGCGUGUGGAUAUAGCUGGACGGGACGUCUCCCGGUACCUCCGUCUCCUCCUGCGCAAGGAAGGCUAUGAUUUCCACACCUCUGCAGAGUUUGAGGUGGUGCGCACCAUCAAGGAGAGAGCCUGCUACCUCUCCCUCAACCCUCAGAAGGAUGAAACUCUAGAAACUGAAAAAGCACAGUAUACCCUCCCUGACGGAAGCACUCUAGAUAUCGGCCCUGCGCGGUUUAGGGCUCCGGAGCUUCUCUUCAGGCCAGAUCUGAUUGGAGACGAGAGCGAGGGCAUUCAUGAGGUGCUGGCCUUCGCCAUUCAGAAGUCCGACAUGGAUCUGCGACGCACGCUCUUCUCAAACAUAGUGCUGUCCGGAGGCUCGACGCUCCUCAAAGGUUUUGGAGACCGGUUGUUAAGCGAAGUGAAGAAACUUGCCCCCAAAGACGUUAAAAUUAAGAUAUCUGCACCGCAGGAGAGACUUUACUCAACAUGGAUAGGGGGAUCCAUCCUAGCAUCACUCGACACCUUUAAGAAAAUGUGGGUCUCCAAGAAGGAAUAUGAGGAAGAUCGUGCGCGCGCCAUUCACCGGAAGACAUUUUAACAGGGCUUAAAAGUCCGCCAGCCUCCCUCUCAUCUCUGCGGUUUCACAUCCCCUUCUCUCGCUUGACCUCUCCCCUCUGUUUUCUCCCUUUCUCUCCACCCAAAUCCCUUAAAUCCUCCAUCCGCAGUGAAGGCUUGCCCUCCGCGUCCCUUGCCCAGGACAUCGGCAAAAAAAAAAUCGGGACGCAACCGGACAUCCCUUGCACCCAUCAGUCACCGAUUUCAGGGCAUCAGUCAAUACUGUUUCAUUUUAAAAAGCCAAUGCUUCAAUUCAGCGCUUACAUGUAUGUAUUUAUUACACUAUUAUACCCUGUAUGAUACCGUCAUAUCUAAUGCAAAACAUGAAGGUGAAUGUUUCACUCGGUUGUAAGAAUUUCAUUCCAGAAAACGAAGAUUUAUCGUUUUAUUUAGACGUCAACGUUGUAUUUUUAUUCAUUCGAUGCAUCGCUCACUAUUACAACAGUUGGCUUUAAUAGACACUACUGUGUUUGCUGUCAUUUCCCUUCACCGGGAGCUAAAUGAUGUAAACAGAAGCACACGGUAGGCUAGAUUCAUCGCUGCUUCAAUUAAAAGUGUUAUUAUUAUUGAUAUAAAGCACAUUUUGUUCGUUAAAAGGAGUGAGUGGAAACGCAUCAAGUUGUUUACCGUCUUUUUUUGUUGUUGAAUUAUGUAAUUGACUUGAUGCAAGCAUUAGCCCCUUCGACUUGACUACAUUUCCCAUGAUUCUCAUGUAGUUUUGAGAAGCAGAGCUUUAAUGAAGUCGUCCAGUGAGUUCUACCAUCAUUGUGGCACGAUGUAAAUUCUGACUCUUCCCCGAAAUCUCCAGAUUUAGUGCAUGAAAUCAACAACGGCGACCGAGAUUGUGUCAUUUCUGUGUAAAUCUCAUGGUUUUUGAAGGCUGAAUGGAUUUCUGAGCUCUUCUGGCACUAGUAUUUCAGUAGUGUUUGUCGGGAUGAUGGGUAGCAGGGUUGCGUUGAAGUCCAGUUUGUCCUGACUGAGAUCCGCCUCUAAGAUCCGUCAUUGGGAUGUAGAGCAUCUUGGUCGUUUUUCUUUUUAAGAGAUAUAGAAAUAUCAUCAUAAGCCUUGUGUACAGUGGGUUGCUAUUCAAAACUGUUAAAAAAAAAAAAGAAAAACGAAAAAAAAUAAGGACUAAAAUGUACAAACCGGUUUCUUCAAUUGUUGCUUUUUCUUUUAAUUUUGUAAAUUCAGUAUGAUGAAUAAAUUAAUGCUGUCUGAA